UAGCAACUGAGCUGGGGUGAUCUACCAGGAAAGACUGUGGCAACCAAUUAUUGAGCUGUAUUGAUAUGGCGUUACCCCCGCUUCGAGUCCUUGUCUCCUUGAACUUUCAGCAUGCCCGUCCUCGUUCAUGAAAGAUUUUGUGGAAUCCCGUCAUAACAUCAGGCCUCUUCUGUUUGAGAUACCUAACCUACCUAUCUUCAGGUUCAGUUCUUCCGCAGUCAGCAACGAUGGUCAGAGCGCAGGGUAUCUCGCUGCUCUUUGAACCGAAUGAUGUCGAGCCCGAGCUUGACAUUAUUUUCAUCCAUGGCUUCACAGGUCAUCCACGCUUGACUUGGACGAUUGAUCAAAAAAAGGCUGAGAGAAGAAGAAAGGCAAAUAGCGAUGCCCCGAGCCACAAUGUCCACAAAAGUGCGCAAACAGCGGACGUUUACUGGCCAAAGGACCUGGUUCCAGUAACGCUACCAUCUGCCAGGGUCAUGACUUUUGGCUACGAUUCCAAGAUACGACAUUUCUCUCAAGGCCAGAUCAGCAAAAACACAGUUCAAGACCAUGCUCGGGAACUCUUGGAGCAAUUGAGGGAUAAGAGGUCGCCAGAUGCGAAAGGAUCUCGCCCGCUAGCCUUUAUCGCACACAGCUUAGGUGGGCUAGUUGUCAGAGAAGCCCUCACUCUGGCCAGUCAACAUCAGGAUGAUCAAAUCAGUACCAGCCGCUACAAAGAGAUCUUCCGUUCCACCAUCGCCAUCAUGUUCUUUGGCACGCCUCAUCGUGGUGCUGAUCCUCGAAGCUCUUUUCAUCGCUUUUUUUCCGCCUUCGCCAUGCGACUGGGAAUAGACGUCAAUCCGUUUAUUCUCGAUGCCCUGAUUCCGAACGUGAACAACAUUCAGAAACAACUCAACCUGGACGGCUUCAAGAGUCUAGCAGCGGAGCGAGGAUGGAUUGUUUACACUUUUCAGGAAGAGUACGGCGUUUUAGGCUUCUUCAGCAAGAAGGUGAGUAACUCGGCCCUAUUUCGUCUGUUCAGAAGCUAAUGUGUGGUUCAGGUAGUUGAGGAUCACUCGUCUCGCCUAGGACCACCUGUGAGGGAAAUUUUUAGACGGAUUAGCGACAACCAUAUGGACAUGUGCCGCUUUUAUGGCUUAAGCGACCCCGAGUAUGAGAAAGUGGCGAGCUGCUUACUAGAGAUUCUCAAGGAACCUCUUUCUUC